GCUAUAGGGUUGAUAAUGAAAGUCCAAAAUUCAUUUGAAGAGGCAAUCUACUUAAUAGAAAGUGAACCUCUAAAAAAGGAAGAAAAUCAUUCACUAAAAAACAAAUUCCAUCUAAGACCUAGUGAAGAAUUAGCACUUCUUAUUGCAGAUUAUAACAAUCCCCCACCACCUCGUGGUACAAAAAUUAAUCUAUCUAGAUCAUUUUUUGGCUCAGAGAAAUGUUUAAUAUUGGGGAGAAAGCUUAAUCUGAAUAGAACAGUAACAUUUAUUGAUAUUUCGUUCUGUGACAUACAAGAGGAUGUGGCACAGAAAUUCUUCCAUCUAAUUAAGCAUAACACUGCUCUUCGAUACGUGAAUAUUAAUUGUAAUUGCAUUGGCGAUAAGGGAGCGUCCGCAGCUGCCGAAUCGUUUGAUCAUCUUGAAACCUUUCACGCAUCAUCAAACGGUAUCAGUGAUAUUGGUGCUUCUCAAAUAGCUGAAGCGCUUAUAACUUCCCCAACUAUGAAAACUCUUAAUUUGCGAUGGAAUAAAAUUACCAUGAUAGGAAUGAUGAAAUUGAUGCAAGUAUUAGACUCAUCGUAUACAGUAGAUACAGAAGGUGCUUCGACACACAAUAAUCAAGAGGAAACAUCAAAAUCGGAUUUUAUUGAAUCAAAACCUUUAGUUCAAGAAAAUGACCACAUAAAUUAUCAUGUACACACACUUUGGAUUCAGGGAAAUGAAGGUGCAACCACUGAUAUAGUUCGUUCUCUGAAUAUUAUACUAUCCAAUCGUUUCCCACAGCCUCCAUCUUUUAUGAAAAAUAUGAUGAAAACAAAGGGCAAAAAGAAAAAAAAGUGAGAAUAUCAUUUUAUUUUCUAUAUAAUAAUAGGUGUUGCUUUUUUAUAUAAUUCGGAUUUGUUUCUUUUGAUGUACCUAAAUAUUGUUUUUUAGAGCAUUUUAAGAAUGUACAUUAAAA